AUGGGGCUGAGCCCUCCAGGUCUUUCUUCUAAAAUAUCUGCUUGCGGAGGAGGCGCGGCCGCCCAGCCCCAGCCCAAGCCAGAGCCAGAAUGGGCGGCGGUACUCGGGGCAGUGUGGACGCGGCGCUGGAUACACGGAGGCACCGCAGACCCCGCUGGAGUGGGGGGAGCACCUAAUCCGGAAUACAGCCCUCCGACCUUAGUGCCACCAGCAGUGGAUAAAAGAGAAACCGCGCUAACGGGGGUCAAAAAGCCUAAGGGCUUUCCCAGGGUCCCUGAGAGCAAGAGGAAAAGAGAAAAGCGAGAGGGGAAAAGUGGAGGAGAAGAGGAGACGAACCCCAGAAGAACUGGAAUGCAGGAGGGGAGAGGGCCUGUAACCCUGAGCAAGAGAAAACGAGGGGGCGGGGGCGAGGGCGACCCAGCGCCGCUGGCCGCCGAAGAUUUAUACCUGGCGGAUCCCGGACUCCCGCCCGCCGCGCACCUCCGCUCACUGCUCGCCCGGCUCCAGCCGCCACUGUCGCACGACUCCAUCGUCUCACUCCCACCGCUGCCCUCCUCCCACCUCGUCGCCCUCUCCAAGCUCACCCCUCAAGCCCCAGGAGCUGACUAUCUGAAGGAGGAAAACUUAGGGAGUGGACAGUUAGAAGUGAAGAAGUGGCUCCUAAGAAACUUCCUUGAUAACCUCUCCAUCUCACGUGCUGACCUGGAUAGAAACCACCUUUGGAGCGGCGGCAUGGAGGCUCUCACCACUCAGCUGGGGCCGGGGCGCGAGGGCAACUCUUCGCCCAAUUCUAAGCAGGAGCUGCAGCCCUACUCGGGCUCCAGCGCUCUCAAACCAAAUCAGGUGGGCGAGACGUCGCUGUACGGAGUGCCUAUCGUGUCUCUGGUCAUCGACGGCCAGGAGCGCCUGUGCCUGGCGCAGAUCUCCAACACCCUCCUCAAGAACUACAGCUACAAUGAGAUCCACAACCGCCGCGUGGCUCUGGGCAUCACGUGUGUGCAAUGCACGCCAGUGCAGCUGGAGAUUCUGCGUCGGGCCGGGGCCAUGCCCAUCUCAUCGCGCCGCUGCGGCAUGAUCACGAAGCGCGAGGCCGAACGCCUGUGCAAGUCGUUCCUGGGAGAGCACAAGCCACCUAAGCUGCCUGAGAACUUCGCCUUCGAUGUGGUGCAUGAGUGUGCGUGGGGCUCGCGUGGCAGCUUCAUCCCCGCGCGCUACAACAGCUCUCGUGCCAAGUGCAUCAAGUGCGGCUACUGCAGCAUGUACUUUUCGCCUAACAAGUUCAUUUUCCACUCGCACCGCACACCUGACGCCAAGUAUACGCAGCCCGACGCUGCUAACUUCAACUCGUGGCGCCGUCACCUUAAACUCAGUGACAAAUCGGCCACAGACGAACUGAGCCACGCUUGGGAGGACCGGGGACUUGGUUUGGCAGCGGGAGCUGGCGGCCCCGCCGGCCCUGGAGGGCCUGGUGGCGGCGCCGGCGUACGUAGCUACCCGGUGAUCCCAGUGCCCAGCAAGGGCUUUGGCCUCUUGCAGAAGCUACCCCCGCCUCUUUUCCCUCAUCCCUACGGCUUCCCCACGGCCUUCGGCCUCUGUCCCAAAAAGGACGACCCGGUGCUAGGCGCAGGCGAACCCAAAGGCGGCUCCUAUGUGUCAGCCUUCCGGCCUGUGGUCAAGGACGCAGAGAGCAUUGCCAAGCUCUACGGUAGCACCCGCGACGCAUACGGCUCUGGCCCUGCUCGGGGGCCGGGGCCGGGCGCAGGGUCCAGCGGCGGCUACGUGAGUCCGGACUUUCUGAGUGAAGGCAGCUCCAGUUACCACUCUGCCUCACCUGACGUGGACACUGCCGACGAGCCCGAGGUGGACGUGGAGUCCAACCGCUUCCCCGACGACGAGGGCGCCCCAGACGAGGCCGAGCCCAGCGCGACGGGUGCACCCAGCGCAGGAUGCGGACUGGAUGCCAGCCGGUCCGCAUUUGGGGACCUGGCGGCCGACGACGUGGUGCGGAGACCCGAGAGGAGCCCGCCGAGCGGCGGCUAUGAGCUGCGAGAGCCUUGCGGGCCGCUGGGGGGCCCGGCGCCGGCCAAGGUGUACGCGCCAGAGCGGGACGAGCAUGUGAAGAGCGCGGCGGCGGCGCUGGGGCCCGCGGCCUCCUACCUCUGCACCCCGGAGGCCCAUGAGCCAGAUAAGGAAGACAAUCACUCGACCGCCGACGAUUUGGAAACGAGGAAAUCCUAUCCAGACCAAAGGAGUAUCUCCCAGCCAAGUCCUGCAAAUACAGACCGAGGCGAAGAUGGGCUCACCCUUGAUGUCACAGGAACUCAGCUAGUGGAGAAAGAUAUCGAGAACCUGGCCAGAGACGAAUUGCAAAAGCUGCUCCUGGAGCAAAUGGAGCUGCGCAAGAAGCUGGAGAGAGAAUUUCAGAGUCUUAAAGAUAAUUUUCAGGAUCAAAUGAAGAGAGAAUUGGCUUAUCGAGAAGAAAUGGUGCAACAGCUGCAAAUUGUCAGAGACACUCUGUGUAAUGAACUUGACCAAGAGCGGAAGGCGCGCUAUGCCAUCCAGCAGAAGUUAAAAGAAGCCCACGACGCCCUGCACCACUUCUCCUGCAAGAUGCUGACGCCCCGCCACUGCACUGGCAACUGCUCCUUCAAGCCCCCGCUGUUGCCCUAGGGUCCGCCCGUCCGCGCCCACGCGCCCUCAAGCCAUGCUGCUCUCUUCUUGUAAAUACCCGCGGCCGCGGCGGCCAGAGCGAGGAACAAGCCAUUCGGACCGGACCGAUGUAAAUAAAGCCUCCCGCCCGCCCUCCUCCCGGGCGCCUCGGCCUUGCCCGUUCCCUUCCGGGCGUCCCAGU